AUGUGCAAAGGAUUAGCAGCGCUGCCCCACACAUGCCUGGAGAGGGCCAAGGAGAUCAAGAUCAAGCUGGGCACGCUGCUCCAGAAGCCCGACUCGGCCAUCGACUUCAUCAUCCCCUACCCGGAGAAGCCGGAGAAGCCGCCCAAGGCCCAGAGGCCAUCACCGGAGGAAGCUCUGCAGUGGCGUGAUUCCCUGGAGAAGGUCCUGCAAAAACCCUAUGGGCUCGCCACCUUCCAUAGCUUCCUGCGCUCUGAGUUCAGCGAGGAAAAUGCCGAGUUCUGGAUGGCCUGCGAGGACUACAAGAAAACCAAGUCCCCCGUGAAGCUGGUGGAGAAAGCCAAGAAGAUCUACGAGGAGUUCAUCCAGACCGACGCACCCAAGGAGGUCAGUGCUGCGAGGCGGGAGCUGGUGAACAUCGACCACUUCACCAAGGCCGUGACCAUGAAGAACCUGGUGGAGCCGACACCAAGUAGCUUUGACAUGGCCCAGAAGAGGAUCUUUGCCCUGAUGGAGAAAGACUCCCUGCCCAGAUUCGUGCGGUCGGAGUUCUAUCAGGAGUUAAUAAAGUAG